AUGUACCGCGUCCGCUACGCCGAGAUACCCGAGUACCCGACGAUGGUGCGCAUCUACUCGCUCCAGGAGAUGCCGCCCACUUCCAUGUACCUGAAGAUACUGCGCCACCUCGGUCGGAAGCAGCACAAACUGGUCUUCACGCUGGACAUCUUUGUCGACGCCACCUCCGUCUACAUCUUCCAGGAGUACGUCUCCACGGGCAACAUGGUGGAGUUCCUCGAGAAGAGCCCCAUCGUCUCCGAGGCGCAGGCGGCCGUCUGGGCAAAGCAGCUUUUUGAGGCGCUCGACUUUCUCGCCGACCAAGGCCUCGUCCACCGGAGCAUCACCCCAAAUCAUCUGCUGGUGAAGAAGGUCGGGGCGGAGUGCUGCAUCAAGCUGACCGGCUUCAAGCAGACGGCCAUCUACCUGGGCGGCGCAGCACUGGACGACAUCGCCUACCUGCCCUGCUGGCCAGCCUCCCAACAACCCUCGGACGGGCCAAACUUUCAGGCACCCGAGGUGUACGGCAAUCCGUCUGCCGGUGAGCACUUCAACCCUCUGCUCGCGGACAUCUGGUCCUUCGGUGCAAACGUGUACUUUUUCCUGGCGAAGCAGUACCCCUACAACAUCGGCGGCGGCCUGGCGGACCUCGACGCCGAGGUGCUCGCCAACAUUCACCACCAACUGUCGACGGUGAGCGGCGAUGGGCAGAACUUUCUGUACAGUACGAUGCGAGCCAAUGCCAACAAUCGAAUGCCCUUUCACUUCAUUGUGAAGCACCCGUGGAUGCACUCGGUGCGAUCACAUGUGAGUGCGGUGGUUGAUGAGGAGAAUUCUAAAAUCUCAGCUUAA